CUACCAGCUUCCAGCUCACACCAUGAGCUCCUUGGUGGCUGCAGCCAGAGCUUUGCGGCUCUCUGUGCUCUCUGCUCGGACACUGGAGCUGCGACACCACCACCUCUCUGUUUCCAGCAGAAACCUGAACGUCCAGGCGACCACCGAGGCUGGGAAGCUGAAGAGCAUCGAUGACCUGCCUGGUCCCAGUUUAUCCACCACUCUCUACUGGUUAUUCGUCAAAGGAUACGCAGACAAGAGCCACUUACUGCAGGAUGUCCAGAAGAGCCUUUACGGGCCCAUCUGGCGCUCCAGAUUCGGCCCCUUCGACAUCGUCAACGUGGCGACUCCGGAGCUCAUCGCUCAGGUGAUCCAACAGGAGGGCCGCUACCCGCUCCGAGUCGAGCUGUCUCACUGGAAGGAGUACCGGGACCUGAGAGGUCAGGCCUACGGGCUGCAUGUGGACACAGGACCGGAGUGGUACCGCAUCCGCAGCGCCCUGAACCCUAAGAUGCUGAAGCUGCGGGAAGUGUUGGCCUACGCCCCCAUCAUCCACCAGGUGGUCGGAGAUCUACUGCGACGCGUCGAGCUCCUCCGCAGUCGCAGCGAGGACCAGGCCACCGUUUCAGACAUUACUGCUGAGCUCUACAGGUUCGGCUUUGAAGGUAUCUCCUCCAUCUUGUUUGAGACCAGGUUGGGCUGCCUGGAGGAGGAGAUCCCCGUUGACAUGCAGCGCUUCAUCACCGCCGUCAAUGACAUGCUGACGCUGUCUGAGAUUGUGAUCCUCUUCCCUCGCUGGAGCCGCAGCGUCCUCCCCUUCUGGAGACGCUUCGUCCAGGCCUGGGACGACCUCUAUGACGUAGCGCAAUCCCUCAUCAACAGGAGGAUCGCUGAAAUCCAAGCUCAGGUGUCCAGCGGCAAGCCGGCGGAGGGCAUUUACCUCACCUACCUGCUGUCCUGUGACAGGCUGAGCAGAGCCGAGGUCUACAUCAGCAUCACUGAGCUGCUGCUGGGAGGGGUCGACACGACCUCCAACACACUGUCGUGGGCGCUGUACCACUUAGCGAGGGACCGCAGGGCUCAGGAUCGACUUUACAGAGAGGUGGACUCUGUGUGUCCGGACAGACGGGAGCCAACCACAGAGCACCUGAGCAGGAUGCCCUACCUGAAGGCCGUCAUCAAGGAGACGCUACGCCUUUAUCCCGUGGUUCCUGGAAACGGACGCUUUAUUUCAGACAAUGAGGUGAUCGUGGGAAACUACCGGUUCCCAAAGAAGACUCAGUUCCAUCUGUGUCAUUACGCAGCCUGUCACAAUGAAGCAGAGUUCGUAGACGCAGAGCUCUUCGUCCCGGAGCGCUGGCUCCGUGCCGAGGCGGCCAGCAGCGUCUGUGGCAGGGCGGCGCCCGGCUUCUACCAGCACCACCCGUACAGCUUCAUCCCCUUCGGAGUCGGGGUGCGAGCCUGUGUUGGGAAGAGGGUGGCGGAGAUGGAGAUGUACUUUGCUCUGUCCAGGCUAAUGCAGCACUACGAGGUCCAGCCUGAACAUGGUGCACCGCUCGUGGAGCCGAAAACUCGAACCCUGCUCAUCCCCGCAAAGCCCAUCAACCUGCGCUUCCUGUCCAGAAGCUGAUGAGGCUGCAACAAUUUAAUGUGUGAAACGCACGUCCAACAACGCGUGGUGCACGAGAGGUGUUUAAUGAGAUGUUUAACCUGAGCUGUAAAUGUCUGCACACACUUUUACAGUAGAAAUAAGAACAUAAAUGACUUAAUUAAGGGAGCAAAUUAAAGGUCAAAUCUGGUGUUUGUCACCCUGGAUGUGGGAGGAUUCUCACCAGAGUCCAUGUGAAGAACACCAAAUACUGGAGUGAAGUCAGCACAUAAAUCACUCAUUUCAAUGAAUGAUAUGCAACUUGAGGAUAGAGAUUAAUUAUUAUAUAUAAUUAUUUUCCUGAAACCUACAGGACUCAACACACACACACACACACACACUCUCCUCAGUCUUUUAUUGUUUAACUUCACUUAAUGCUCAUACUUUGCCGUCUUUGUACAGACAUGUUGUUUAUUAUUGCUGACGGGAUUUCAUUUCUCAAUUUUAACAUAGCCACAGGCUGAUGUGAAAUACCUGGUUUGUGUGUGUGUGUGCACUGCCCCCCUCUGACAGCUUAUGUUUUUAAUAACUCUCUAUAGCCAUGGUUUUAUUAUCUACUGCUGAAUUUAUCUGCUGCUCACCACUAUGAAACCCAUUUCACAUCCAACACAAUGUUUUUAUUUGAACUUUUAACAUGAACUCAACUUUAAGGAGGUGAGAGGCAAGAUAGGAGACAGGGAAGGAAACAAAAAGGCAAUGAAGGAAAGGAGGUUUUCAGACUGAAUUCUGUGCACUCAACGGCUCUUUUCUGUUUCAUUUGAUAUCAAACAGUGCUUAAAUCACAGCUAAAGCUACACACAUUUUUCUUUUUACACAAAGCAGUGAUUUAACAACAACUUUAAAGAGUCUCCACAGGUUUUUAUGGGUGAUUAAUGAUAACUUGUUCAUAAAAAGCGGUGAAAGAGAUGAAAUGCCCUCUGUUAGGCCAUAUUCUCUGUAACACUACUGUAAUAUUCCUAUGGAGAUCUUAUUGUGAUGAUACAAAUAAAAAUCAAUAUUUUCUAUGUA